AUGAUAGGACCUGCUGGGUUGAAGGGGCCCAGUGCCGCCAUUGCACGGCAACGGGUGACCGCAAUGCCCUGGUCCACUCGAUCGAUAUCAACCUUCCGGUCACCGCAUUUGCGGAUUCCUGGCCAGCGGUCUCAAUUGAAGUCGGCAUUCUCGGGGAGCACUCCCUGGCGCGCUGCGUCAGUUGUUGGCCCUGCUUCGAUUCGAUUCAACUCUACCUCGACCGACACAACUCCCGCCUCUGCUCCCGAGACGGUCACGAAUGAUCAACUACCGGAUUUUACAGACCUCUCUGCCACCGAAAUCUCUCAGAUUCCCGAGAAGAUUGGAUACCUCAAGGAAUUGGGACUGGAUUAUGGUUGGGGACCGUCGGCGAUCAUUCAAUAUACCAUCGAGCACCUCCACUUGUGGACUGGACUACCAUGGUGGGCGAGCAUUGUCGGCACGGGUCUUCUCAUCCGGUUUGCGUUGUUGAAACCCACGCUGGACGCGUCCGACAACACGGUCAAGACGCAGAACAUCAGGGGGAUAAUCAGCCCGAUGCGGGAUGACAUGAUGCGCGCCGCGCGCGACAAUAACCAAAUCGAGGUGCAGCGGAAACGAGCGAUGAUUUCCGAAAUCAAUAAGGAGCACGGCAUCACCCCGUGGAAGUCUUUCGUCCCCAUGAUCCAGAUGCCGCUCGGUUACGGCUGCUUUCGAGUCGUCCGGGGCAUGACCGCCUUGCCGGUGCCGGCAUUAGCGAACGAGUCCGUAGCCUGGUUGACUGACCUGACUGUGGCUGACCCGAUGUAUAUCCUGCCGUUGACAACCUCAUUCAUGAUGUAUCUUACAUUCAAGAGAGGAGGCGAAGUCGGCGGAAUGGAUUUUUUGAACACUAGCGCGGGAAAGAUGGUCGGGAUAGGUCUUCCUAUGAUGUCCUUCGCCUUCAUGGCAUUCAUGCCGAGUGCCCUGCAGCUCUACUUCGUGACCACAGGCGCCUGGGCACUGGUCCAAUCCUAUGUGAUAAACAUGCCCGGGUUCCGGAAGAAGCUCAACAUGGCUAUUCAAAUGCGCCCCAGCACUCCGGACACGCCUAAUCUCCCUAGCACGGAAAGUAAAGGUCUCCGCCUCCUGUAUGCACGCAUCGAAGCCGAGAAGGUCCGAGCCGCCCAAGAAGCCCAGAAAGCCCAGCAAUCCCCCGGAGCCCAAAACGCCAGCUUCAUUGAUCGCUGGGUCGACAGUGCCAAGGGCUACAGUCGGAAAGUCGGCACCGAAACCCGCGACAAGCUCCGUGAUUUCUCUGGCAAUGGCCCCGUCAAGAAUGCCGACGGCUCGUUCGCCCCGGCGCCGCGUCUCAGUGAGGCAAACCGCAAAUACGCCGAGGAAUACGAGCUCAAGCACAAGGGCGAGGAGGAGCUCGCGCGCGAGGAGCGCAACCGUGCCCGUCGCGAAGCUUACCAAAAUACUCUGCGCGCUGAGAGGGAGAAGGCCAAGGCGGGGCUGCAGCGACAGCAGCAGGAGGCGAAGUCCGUCAAGGCUCGGCGCAAGGGCGGACGACGAUAG